AUGUCUGGAAUAGCUUUGUCCACGGACAAGCUUCAGCUGUGCCCAAGGGCCAGCCUGUCGGGUUUGCAUUUGCUUUGUCUGCGGACAAGCUGCAGCUACGCCUACGGGCUGGCUACCUUGGCCCGACAUGUGUGGCGCACUAGCUGCGUCUACGGACCAGCUGCGUCGACGGACCAGCCACGUCUGCGCCUACGGGCCAGCGGGCGCUUUGUAUCCGGCAUGGCGUUGCCUACGGGGGCUUUGUCUCCAACUCUUAAACCGAAAGCUGCGGUGGCUGAUGCAACCCUGGACAAGACCAAAGAGGGUGCCUCUGCUCCUGGGCAUCGCUUGGAUGGACAGGAUGGAAAGCGAUCGAAGGGAAGCGGGGCCGUCGCCAACAGGUGGGACUGGAAAGCAAAAGUUGAGAAGAACGUCCACAAGGAGACAUGGCACCUGAAGGAAAACCCCAAGUCGAAAGGUCAGCAGCAACCGCCAGAACCAGCGGUGCCUCCGCGAAGUAGUUCUUUGUCUAGCUGGUAUGACAAGCCCAGGUAUGAUUGGGACUAUGUGACCUUUCGAAGCGAUCGGGAGCGCUCGCAUCUUCGUGAUCGCGGGCAUUCCCGAUCUGGAGAGCGGCGACGCCGCCGAUCGCACUCGACAGAUCGACGGGAUCGUCGUCGCCGAGCGGGAAGCCGGGAGCGUGCGCGCUCCUCUGGUCGCAAUCGAGAGCGUGAGCGCUCGUCGGAUCGCAAUCGGGAGCGUGCGCGCUCGUCUGAUGGCCAUCGUCUGCGUGGGAAGGAGUCCGUGCGGGAUGCCACCCGCAGGCCACGGUGCGCCCAUGGUGACGAUGUGAGACUGGAGAAGGUAGCAUCUGCGUAUGCGUCCGGUGGAAGUCGAGACAAGAAAGAGGCACAAGCUGCCGGAAAAAGGGAUGCCAAGGAGAAAACAAACGACACGGAGACAAAGGAACCCCGCACAGACAAGGUGUUGCCGGAGCAGGAAGAGGAAGGCGGGUCUUCGGACUAUUCCUAUACGUAUGAGUCUUCGUCCACGGGCGAAGACGGUGCCAAGGAAACUCCAUCUGUGCCAGCCACAGAGAAGGCUCAGAACCUGGUCAGUGCCAAGACUGGCGCCGGAAAGAAACCUGGACCGGUGGCAAGUGCACCAGCACCCGUCGCUGCUGCAUCUGGUGCACCUGCGCUUGGCUCGAAGAAGCCUACGGGCAAGGUCGAAUCGGUGGAACGUUUGAGCCUGUUGUACAAUAGUUUCUUACGCACAGCUAUGGAAGCGGUGCACGGAAUGGAGUCUGGUGGCCAAUAG